AUGAAUCUAGUAAAGAGCUCGUCAAACUACCUACAAAACUGUAAGAACACCAAAAUCGAGGAGAAUGUCACGCUAAAAGGAGGCAUAGGAGCAGGAACUUUUCGAAAGCUUGGUAAAGUUACCAGCAUGGUGUCUUGUAUUGAUCUUGGUUGGAAAACUGCGACUUGUGAUGUUGCUUUCCUCUCGGCUGCUAAGUGCUAUGGAGUCGAAUGCGUGAGUGAUGACGAGUGCAAGGCUACAGCUACUGAUACAUCUGAUAUUAAGGUGCUCAUAGCACACGUGCGAACAGGCCAUAAGAAGGUUAGUGCUCCGCCAGUUGAAAUGGCGGAGGUAAAUAAGCUGUUGUGGGAAUCUUUGAACGAACUUGGUUAUAGUCCUCAUUCCGUAAAAUACAGUCCGUUAUUCUACAUUUAGAUCGAUAUGUGCGGCGUUAAUGAAAGCAAUGGAUUGUUUGAAAUUGACGUGGCGUUGAAUUGGUGCAUUUGUGCAAGAAAUCUCGCUUUUGAAAGCUUUCUUCUCCAGAUAACUUUAUUCAAUCUCAAAUUUUUCACGGGGUCUGCAGCGUAAUGGUGUAUUUGAGGACUGAUUUUGCGCUUGGGAUAAAUUUCAGUGAAGCGAGCGAUGAUUUUUCCGGCGAUUACACUCAUUAAUCUUUGAUCGGCUUCAGAAUUGAAAGCCUGAAAGGUAGCUAGCCACCCGGAAAGAAAGAAUGGUAAAAACAGGUUGUAAGCAAAAGGGACAGCGGGAAUUUCUGCGUACCGUUUCUUCUUAUAAAACAAAUUCUGCUAUGUCAAUUUCUGUCUGGUUUGUUGUCUAUUGUAGAGGGCAAAAUUUACCUCAAAAUAAGUGGGUAAAUUAAAAUCUCUUGAAUAGCAAUUGGCGAUAGCAUAAAGAAAACAGUUAUUAUGGAAAGUUCCUCCAGUAGAUUAGAAUAGGAAAAUAUAACCAAUACAUAUAUAAUAGUAAAAUAAGGUAUGAAUUUGCUCCUGCGAAUGAAAAAUUGCUGAACGCUUUCAUGAAACUGUCAGUGACUUAAGAAUAAUGUUUUUUUCUUAAAUCAUUUGAUAUAUGUCAAUCAGUUAAUCCUUCAUGCACACACGGCUGAAAGACUGAGAUUAAAAAUAUUAUGUCGUAAAUUAAAGUAACUUUCACAGCCUCAUAUUUAAUUACGUAGCUCUGUCAUUUUAACUCCAGCCCAAGCUCUUACCGACUGAUAAAUUAGACUUCAUGGCGAUUUCAAGUCGAGAGCAAGGGAAAAACAGUCUUAAAAGUCCAAUGUAACUGAUCUUAUUAAUGUGUCCAUGAGUAUUCAUUUGUCACAGAGCAGCGGAUGUGAAUCAAGCUGACAAUUAUUAAGCCAUGAAUAUAUAGUGCAACCACCGAGAAACUAUUUCACAGGAAGAACCAGCUUAAACCAACGGAGUUCAUUUUUUGCUAUAACUUGAAUAUUGUGGUUUCAUUCGUUUUCAAAAUAAUUUGAACUUCUCAAUUCAGUUCUUGUCCUCAAAAUUUUCCGCUUAUUCGAUGUUUAUGCAAUAUUCCUCUAUAUUCAGUCGAUUUUUUUUCUGGGGGUCUCAAUGGGGUGAUGGCUUUGACGGCUAACGUUUAAAAUUUUGGCCAAUUUACGCCUAACGGUUAAUUUUUCCUUUGCAGAUAAAAGAAAAAAAAUUACCGUUAACUUUUUUUAUUACUCACUGUUGUAAUUUUGACAAUCUUUCAUUUUUUUGAGGCUGUAUUACAGCUGACCGAGUUAAUCCCAUUGAGAGCAUUUUUACGAUGCUAUUUUAUUGCAACUUUAAGCAUUGAUCAUUAUGAUGAACAAAUACCAAUUACAUUUACGCUAACUUUUUAAAAACUCAUUGGCUCUAUUCAUAAAUUUUCGAAAAAAAAAAUUAUGAUAAUUUCAUGAAUAAUAUCCAGACAGAAUUUCUCUUUUAUUCGUUUCAGAUAACACAUCAUUAGCUUUUAUUACUCCUAACUUCACAUCGAAUGUUAAACCACAUCCAAAUGGUUUCUUGGGCUCAAAUCAGGGAGGCCUAUCUGCUAACACGCCAAAAGGUCUCAUCGCACAGGGACAAACAUCAUCGAGCAUUGUUAACCCAUCUAUGGCUGGGCAAUGCCAGCCAGGAAAAAAAUUUUCAAAGAAGUGACUUUAAAAGGAGGCAUUAAUGCCGGUACAUAUAAAGAUGUUGGCUCUGUGAAAAGCAUGGAGGAAUGUUCUGGUAAAUGCUGCGAGUUCGCGGCUUGUGAUUUAGCGUUUAUGCUUUCAAGUAGAUGUUAUCUUGUUGGAUGUUCAGAAGGCAAAAACUGUCAGAUACAAAAAGCAAAGCCUUCUCCGUAUCAUCCAUCUGUGACUUACAUUGAAAGAUGGAACAAGGAGGGCGUGAAGCAUUCAGGUAUGUUAAAUCUUCGACAACACUGCAAAUUGAACGCUAUUUGAGUGCAAAUAGAACAAGAUGGAUGGUUAUUUUUUGUGGCUCGAAGCUGAAUUAAAGAAAGAUUUUUUUUCGCCUCAACACCAGUAUAGAACCAAAAAAAGUGUCUCAAUGAGGAAUCAAAACUCAGAGCGAUAAAGAGCUUUGUCAAAGUUAAAUGAAAUGAAUAGCAUUUUGAUCUGCGAACGACACAGAGUUGAGAAAAUAAUCCUUGGAGAGCUGCAGGCGGAGAAAUUCACAAAAAAGCGCAAAAAACAUAAUUAAUGCUUUAUAAAACUCGACAGGAUUCGAACUUGUUUCUGUAUGGUGAGUUAUUGGGUUGUUGGUACUUAGUAGCUAUUGAAUUCCCUAUAGCUCAGUGGAAAAGCAUCAGAACGAGGACUUUAAAAGUUUGGGACCCGAUUUGUUAUGGUGACUCUGAUUUUCCUUAGUCCUACGUUCGUGAUAAGACGAAGAGUGUCUUUCGUUUUGCUUGUUUGGUCCCGCAACAUGCACUUUUACACUGAAAUCCCUCGUCUUCAGUCUGGCAACGUUACCAAGCCCCUCUCUCAGGGGACACUACUAACUCCUCAAUUCAUUUCGCAGAUACCUGGAUUGAGGGUAGAUAGAGCUUCUAAGGUUGUGCAUCAUAUAUAAAAGAGAAUAACAAAAUGAUCUCAAUCAUUCUUUUCAAUUUGUAGACUCGUUAGCUUUGGUAAUAUAUAUAAUUAGGCGAUUAGGGCAACUUGCCACUUUUAUACUCAAUUUGUUCGUUUUGUUUUUUUCCUUUUUGUUUUUUGCUAGAGAUAGCCAUUUCGGCUUUUUGAAAUACCCGUGUUAUAUUGAACUGCACUGAUCGAAUAUUUUUCUUAUGCAUAGUUUUUCUUGGCGACUCAGCCGAAACCAAAUUCGCAUGUCCCGCGGUGAAGCCGCUGACCAAAAGGUGA